AUGGCAACGCCGCAAAUACCAGGGCCUACACCGCCGGCCAUUGCGUCAAGGCUUCCUAAGCCUCCUACCCAGGGAUCAGCCACCCAAGACUAUCUUCUGCCACCCCUCCAAUUCGGAUCAUGGACAGGUGCCGCCGGUGUUGUAGCUGGUAUUGCCGGAUCCAUUGCUAGAGAAACCAGCCCUGUGAGAGGUGGUUUUGUCUCCGGAGCUCAAUGGUUCACUCUAGGAGGAACCUUCUGGUUCUCAAGAAUGAUGACCAUAAAGGCUCUUGGUCAGCAAGAAGACCAGCUCAAGCCCUUCGAUAAGCUACAAGCUAGCACCAUUGCUGGGUCUAUCACAGGCGCCUUAUCUGGCGCGCUUCGGGGGCCUGCAAAAAUCUUACCAUCUACUCUGCUUUACGGUGUAAUCGGCCUCGUGGGACAAGGCAUUGGUUACCGUUGGCAAGCAUCCAAAAACGCACCAAAGGACGACAGUGGCGGCUUCAUGAGAACAUGGAGCCCGCUAAAGAAACUGACAGACGAAGAAUAUCUCGACAUGAUGAAUGACAAAAUUCUCAAAGUCGAAGUUGAUAUCGCGCUUAUUGACGAAAAGAUUGCCGAUCUAAGGCAACGUGAACGAGCUCAACAGGACAUGCCACAGCCUCCGACCAAGCGACCCUGA